CUCUGCAGCCUCACACACACACACUCGACACACUGGGAUCCCGGCGUAGGAGACCUGUCCUUCCGCAGUUCCCUCUCCAAAUCGUGUCAAUCCUCGGAUCUUUCUUCUUUUAAUGGCCGCCAGUGGCGAGCUUCGAGUCCAGCAGCGCAAUAGUUAAAGAGUGCCGGAUGCGCCCUCGCUCCAGCAAACCGCUACAGUACGAAGAUGGCGUCGGAGGGAGCCAGCGGAGAGCAGCCUCCUCCGGUUCAGACACUGGCAGCCGCCGUGCUGGGAAGUGUCGACACGAAAUGUGAGUUUAACAUGGAUAACCUGAGCAAGCCGGAGCUGCUCACCCUGCUGAGCAUCAUGGAGGGAGAGCUGGAGGCCCGAGACCUGGUCAUCGAAGCCCUCAGGGCUCAGAGGAAGGAGGUCUUUCUCCAGGAGCGAUAUGGCCACUACAGUUUGACAGACCCGUUCCUCGCUCUUCAGAGAGAUUUCGAGUGUGGCGUCCCAGGAGGGGACAAGGAGCGACGGCCCCUUGGCUCCAGCCCCAUCUCUGUCCUCGAAGCUGUCAUGGCGCACUGCAGGAAAAUGCAAGAACGCAUGUCGGCCCAGCUGGCAGCUGCUGAGAGCCGGCAGAAAAGGCUGGAGAUGGAGAAGCUUCAGCUGCAGAGUCUGGAGCAGGACCACCGGAAGCUGACGGCACAGCUAAAGGACGAGCGGGAGAAGAACAAACACAUUGUCAUGAUGCUGGUGCGUGAAUGCAAACAGCUGGCCACUCGAGUGGUGGAGGAAUCUCAGCGGUUUGACGAGCUGCAAGCACGCCUGGACGAGGAGAGCCGCACCUCUGGUCGACUGCAGGAAGAGCUGAACUCAGAGCGGCAACGGAGCCAGCAGAUGGAGGCCAACAUGGAAAAGCAGCUGUCUGAGUUUGACACCGAGCGUGAACAGCUGCGGGCACGGCUGGGUCGUGAGGAGGCUGAGAGCUUGAGUCUGCGGCAGCAGGUUGAGCAGCUCAGGACUGAUCAAGGUGAUGGGAAGGAUGGGACUCAGCCGGGAGAACCUGCUGCUGCCACCAACACUUUGCCCAAACCAAAAGCUCUACUGUCUGUUUCGGUGGCCACAGAGCCCAUCAGCUCUCGAACGGCGUCUUGCCAAACAGAUCUCCCUCUCAGUGAGAUAGAUGGUCCAAAGAAGACCCCCCUUACGAUCCCUGUGAAGCCAACCCCUGCUAACUACGUUGGCUUAAGUCUGCCAAAGUCUGCUGGCCGAGGCAUCAUCCACAACAAUUCGACAGGACUGCUGCAGACAGAAAACGGUUCGGAAAACCAGACCCCUCAUGGAAUACCCAGCGGGGUCAGUCCGCGUGUGCAGGCAGCUCGUUACAAAUUCCAGGAACAGGACCAAAAUGGAACUGCCUCACAGAGUCCUCCAGCUCGAGACCUCUCUCCUACUAAUCGUGACAACUUUGCGGCCAAGCAGCAAGCACGCCACACCGUCACACAGGUUCUUUCGCGCUUCACCAGCCCCCCUGGUGGUACCGGAUCACUUCGUCCUAGUCUGCCACACUCUGCGUCAGAAGGCGGCCCUUUUCCCGGACGUCUGAGCCACCCAAUUGGCCUCAAAUCACCAACAGUGGCCCGAAUCGACCGAGGAAAUCCUCCCCCUAUCCCACCCAAAAAGCCCGGGCUUUCUCAAACACCUUCCCCGCCUCAUCCACCCAUAAAGGUGGCUGGGGACAGCAGUCGCACUCCUGGUGCUGGGCUAAAACCAGCUACACCCCAACUGCCUCCAAAACCUGCCCUGGAACUGGUCCCGGCCCUAGCAGCCUCUCAGGUGGGUUCAUGCCCUCUCCCUCGCUCCCCUGUGCCCAGUGGUGGCCCUCAGCAGACGGCAGCAUGCGUAGGGUGCCCUCCGAUCAACAGUCCCGCCACCACUGUCAAUUGUCCCUCCUCCAUUAUACCCCCCUCCACCACCCUUUCCAUUAGUGCUCCAUCCUCCUGUAGCCCCCGCGCCUCCACAGGCGGCUCCCUGGCAACAGCAUCAGGCUGGUGUCCCCCCGUAGUCCCCCCCCUCAGCGGCGGUGGGCCUGCUGCCCUGGACGGUGGGCCCCCUCUGCUCCUACAAGCUGCUUCCCAGGGAAAUGUCACUUUAUUGUCAAUGCUGCUUAACGAACCAGACCCGACCACCAAUACCACCUCAUCCACCAACACCACCACGGACAACAAUCAUCUCGACCAAGACCCUCAUCUGUACCACGACAAAAGCUCUGCUCUGUUUGCUGCUGCUCAGAAUGGACACGCAGAGUGCGUCAAGCUGCUGCUUUCUUCUGGUUUAGCUGCUGAUGUUUCUGAUGAAAACGGAUUUACUGCUCUACACUUUGCUGCUGCCCACGGACACCACAGCUGUGUUCACGAGCUGCUCUCUGCUGGAGCUGCUGUGAACGUGGCAGCCAGUUCGGGUCAGACCCCGCUGUUCUCAGCCUGCGAGGCUGGGUGGCUGGACUGUGUUCAGGUCCUGCUGGCCGCCGGGGCCGACUGCACCUCAGCCAGCGUGGACGGCUGCACUGCUCUUCAUGCCGCGGUGCGUUCAGGACACGUGAAAACACUUCAUCUCCUCCUGCGCCAUCCAGCGGAGAGUGAUCCCACUCUGACCUCUGACCCUUGGACUGUGACUUUGCUGAACCAGGCCAACAAUGAUGGAUGGACAGCGGCACACAUGGCCGCCGCGCUUGGCCUCAAGGAGUGUCUGGAGGUUCUGUGCAGUCACGUUGAGCAGGACGUCGACAGGCGGGACAAGUGUAACCGCACGAUUCACGACGUUGCAACUGAUGACUGCAAAGACCUUCUGGAAAACCUCAGCCAGUACCGGGUUCUGGUCCACCUCCAGUACCCGCAGUCCUUGUGUCCAGUGGAGGAGUUUGUCGAGGAUGAGGAGGAAGGCGUCGCUCGCUUGGUCCUGGGCACGGUCACUGUAGACCGCUCAACCAGCUGGUCUCAGCUAAGCUCCGCCCUCGGGUGCACCUUCACGUCACACCUCCAGACUGUCUGUGGAGACGUGAAGAGUGAGCCAGGACGCCGUCCGCCACUGGGCCUCGGUCCUGCAACUAUCGCUUCUGUCGUCAUUGGAGACACGGUUUGGCAGCCCAGUCAGGAGCUGCCUUUCUCCCCGUGGGACCUGGUCAGGAAGCCCCACUGCCAGCAGAUGACCGUCCGCCUGAAAGGUCUGUCCGAGUCAUGUCUCGACGAGUCUGCGCUGGAUUCUCUGCUGCCACUGCCGCUGCUGUACAACUAUGUUCGCUUGGUGGAGCAGUACGGGAACCUGAUCUUCCAGGGGCUGGAGGGGAGCUGUCUGGACCAGGUGGCGCUGCUGAUCGCUCGCUGCAUCAAGUCCAGGCAGGAGGCGGGGGGCCUCGUCUGUGAGGUGGUGCGGGUGCAGGUGGACGGAAGUCUGAGUAAAGACAUGCUGCUGGAGACUUUCAUCAGCUGCGGCUUCCUACUGCCAGUAGCAGCGCCAGGUUCCACCGUGCCCACGCAGCGCUGCGUUGUGGUGCUGCUGCAGGGUCUGGAGAAAGCUGCGUCCCUCUCAGGCCUUUUAGGAGAUCUGUGCCUUAGUCUGGACAACAGAGACUCUGCUGCACCCCUGCUGCUUCACUCUGGCCCGCACCGUUUCUGCGCCAGCAGCUUCCUCAUUGCAACCUUGUUUAGGCCCCGCCUCCAGGGCUCAGAGCUCCGCCUCCAACAGCACUUCCGCUGGGUGACGCUCCGCUGGGACCAGGAGCCGCUGCAUGGCCUUUUGGGAAGACACCUGCGGCGGAAGCUGCUUCACCAGAUGGGACCAGGAGUCUGGUCAGCUGAUGGUCUGAUGGAGAGGUCGGUGAUGUGGAUCAGUCAAGUCUGGCAACAGCUCAACGCUUGCCUGUCGCGCCUGGGAACCCACGAAGCCAUGCUGGGCCCGGAGCUCUUCCUGUCCUGCCCCGUGGUUCACCCCAACAGCCAGGCCCUUGUCAGGUGGCUGGCCCGGCUGUGGAACAGCACAGUCGUCCCACGUGUGGAAGACGCCGUCAUCGCCCGGGUGACAGCCAAACACUCCUCGUCUGUAGCGCCACCGUCUCAGCGCCCGGCUCUCUGCGGGCUGACCGCGGGGCAGCAGGCGGUGGUGAAGGCUGCCCACAGCAUUCUGGUCAACAAGGCUGUCCUCUCGGGCUGCCCGCUGCCUCGCCACGAAAUGGAGUUUCACGGCGCCAUCUUCCCACUGUCUGCCAUUGGAGCCUUCAAAGGUGGGAGGAAAGGUCGGGACAGUGCAAAGCUGAGGCGCUCCAACACCAGCCCCAGGAAGAAGACCAGUCCAGGGUCUACCUGGACCAGUGGCUGUUCCUUCAGAGAGGGGUCUGUGUCCAGCACUGAUGUCAGUGUCAACGGCGACAGUCACAGGGAGCCUGUGGGUCUGUCCUUGUUUUCUGACGAUGAGACCGACCUGAUCAGAGAGCUGCAAACCAUGUGCUCCAGCAAGUCGGAGCCGGACAUCAGGAUGAUCUCUCGGACCAAAGACGACAUGAUCCUGUUCUGCUCCUCCAGUGAUGACACGUCUUCUUCAGGCGCUGAGCAGGAAACAGCCACCCAGCAGCUCCUGCAGACGACCAUCAUCUGCCCGUCCGGACUAGACUCGGCCCAACCAGCCGUCCAGAACGGCGAGCGACGACCUGGUCCUCGCGCCAAAUCUCAACUCCCCAUCCCCAGCAGCAGGGGGCAGCAGCGAGCCUCCAGUGGCAGCAGCUGCAGCAGCAGCAGAACCCAGACGCCCAGCAGAACCAGCACCAACAGCAAAGCCAAGUCCACUCCGACCAGCAGCAGGAGCAGCAACGUGAACAACAACAACCACCAACCGCACCAGGAGGUGUGGAUCCUCCACAGAGACCUGCAUGAAACCAACAACAACAACCGCCCACCGCCAUGAUCUCGCUGUGAACCUCCAUGAUGUAAAAACUGACUUGACUUUGAGUAUUUGUACUUGUUACACUGUAUUACACUUGUGGGACCAUGGUUUUAGACUAUAUUUAGUAUUAGAUGGGAGGCCGGUGCAGAGAGAGCGAGCGAGCGAGAGAGAGAGAGAGAGAUGUGCUCUGAACACUUGCUGUUGCCUUAUUCCAGUGUUUGAACGUGUGCAGCCCGACAGCAGCAGAGUCUGGUGGAAGCGGCGUUCAAACUUAAAUACUGCCGUCGUCCCGAGAAGUGGAAGUGCUUGGACUGGAUCAGAGAAGGUUUUACUUUGGUCUUUUAGUUUUUUGCUAUUAUUCAGUAUUUGAAGAUGUUUCAAGUGUUUGAACUAGUCGCUUUCAAUACUGUCGACUUUAAUCAGGGUUUUACCAAAUCUAUAUUUGUAAAUGCGUAGUACGUUGAGAUGCUCUAGAUUGGUGUACUGUGGUAUGAUGCUUGUACAGUGACGAAACCUUCAAAGCAAAACUGCUGGAUUUAAAAAGAAAAAAAAAAAAAGAAACCAACAUGUACAUACUUGUUAGUAAAAUCACCCCCGUGCAAGUGAGGGGGGGCAACGUGGCAAUAAGUCAAACACGUGUGUAAACACAGGAUGUCCUCCGUCUGCUUGAAGCCAUAAUGAUUCAGACCUUUCCCUCCACACACCUUUCUUUCAUGUGUCCCUCGAAUCACUGUGUUAGAAUCUGUUUUUUCCCCGUUCUUUUUUUUUUUUUUUUAGGAAAAGUUUAUUUGAAAAGUGGACAAUGUUUAUAUAUAAAUAUAAAUCUAUCUAUACAUAUGUACAGGAGAGAGUUUAGUGGACUAUGAUUUUGAUCUGUAUGAUAGUUGUUUGAGGUUUAAAGCAUUUGUCUUUCAAGCACAAACAUUAAAAUGGCACCGUCCAAAUCUUCA